CCGGAAAUAAACGCCAAAACGAAUGUCGAAAUUCCGGAUUCGAAACCGACGGAAGAAAAGCCGGAAAUCGCGGAAAAAGUGGACGAAAAGGAGCCGAAAGUGGAGGAAGAGAAGACGACAGCGGAAGUGGUGGACAACAGCGCGUCGACGACGAGUGGCGCCCCCUGUUCGAUGCACUGUCCCGGCCGGCGCGGAAUGCUGCCGAACCUGAUGUGUUCGCGCUGUUUCUGUUUGUAUCAUUUGGAUUGCGUUCCCAAAGGCGUGUUCCUGGAAGAGCCGCGAGUCUUCGUGUGUCCCAACUGUUUGAAACCCGAAGACACGAACCGUUCGAACGCCAAAACCAACGGUUUCUCUUCUGACAACUCGGAGUCGCUUCUGAUCCCAAAAACACAACUCUUCGUCCAGAACUCGGCGCCCAAUCACAUCCCAAUCAAGUCGCGCUCCACUUUCGCGCCCAUUCUGCCCAAACCGCCGAAUCUUCAGAAUCAACACAUCUUUCAGCAAACCGUGAAACACAAGAGACAGCAGUUCUCGGCGUCCACUCCUCUCGCGCCCUUCAACAAGAGCGCCGCCAUGAACGUGAAGCUGCCGAUCGGCACCCAUCUGUACCGCGUGGCCACCGGACCCAACGGCCACUCCAUGAUCGUCAAAGACAAGUCCAUCAAACCCAAAGUGGCCACAGCGCCGGCGCAGCGCCCGAACGGCAACCCGAAGCGCGCGCCGCAACUCUCAUCCCUUCCGCAUUACAAGCCGGCGCCCAUCGCUCCGAUCGGACCCAUGAAGCACACGCCACAGGAGCUCGAGCGCCAGUUGCGCCGCUUUCUCGAGCCGGCGGUCAAAGACAGGAAGAAGCGCGGAUAUCGCGAUUGGAUGAAUAAAAGGCGCUCCACAGUGACGUCACUCGUGACGCCGUACGCGUGUCUCAACCACGUGCUCUCGUACCUGACUGUCGCCGAUUUGGUGCGCUUGCGUCACGUGUCGCGCGAUUGGUUGCACCUGUCGUCGCAGCCCUUCCUGUGGCGCUGCGUUCGCCUGAAAGGCAUUCCGGUCAACGAUUGGCUGUUUCUGGCGCGAAACAUAGUGGAAGUGAACGCGAGUCUGGAGCUGGACUUCGACGCCGUGAAGAGCGGCAGCGAUUUGUGCGACUUUUGGCGCAACUUCUCCACAAUCGUCGACUACAUCAAGAGCGUGCGAACGCUGCGCUUCGGCGCCAUCCCGACGUUCGUGUUGGAGGAGGUGGUGAACGCGGCCGUCACCGACAACCCCUACAACUCGUUCGCGCACUUGGAGACGCUGUCGGUGCGCCACUGCUUCGAAGAGGAGUCCGAAUCUAAACAGUGCUCUCUGCACUUCCUCUCCGACUUCCAGACCCUGAAAGCGCUGAAGCACUUACACGUCAACUCCAAGAACGGCUUCAGCGGCGACGCCGACUCCGUGCAGCUCCUCUCCAACGUGUUCUCCGAGAUGGCGCUCCAGUCGCUGGUCAUGACGUCACUCAAGGACUUCUCGUCACGUGAUUUCGUGUUUCUGCGAUCUCUGAAUGGAAUCGAAAGUCUGGAAAUCGGUUCGUGUCAACAAUGGUUCCACACCGACGAUGACGUCACCGCAGAGGACAACGCGCAACCGGAGGACGGCCUGAAGGGGGCGUUUCUCUAUCUGUCGGAACUGCAAACGCUGCGCACUCUGCGAUUGGUCGACAUUUCGAUCGACGAUUUGUCGACUUCUUUGCCGAAAACUCUGGAAUCGCUGUCGAAUCUCGAAUCGCUGACAAUCGACAAUCUGCGCGUCGAGGCGUCGGGCGUGCAAGUGCUGGACCGGAUGUGCGCCGUGAUUGGCGCGCUGCCGCUCACGUGGUUGUCGGUGUCGACGGGCGACGCCCACAGCAACCGCUUGUGUUGCGAAAUGCUGAAGAAGUGCGACCAGAAGUCGCUGCGCGUGGAGUGGAAGGUGGAGGUGUUGGUGGAGGACAGCGGCGAGUGCUUCGUUCCCUUCCACAGAGACGACAACGCGGACGACGCGGACGUGGAGGGCGAGGGCGAGGAGGCGCGCGACGUGCGCUACAUGGACCUGACGUUCCUGAACGAGCUCCUGCAGUCGGAACUAAGCCACGCCUCCAUCGAGAUCAUUCCGCAAUGAAAUAUUUAUUGACAAUAAAAACAAC